GAUGGGUUGAAGCAGGCAAAUUCUGUCGCUGAGCCAGUGCUGAUUGCCUUCGGUUCGGACACCGGCGUCACUGAGCAGGUGGCCAAGAAGUUUGCAGGACUUUGUGCCGAACGCGGUGUCCAGGUUCGCCGCACGUGCGACCUUGAUGAGAUCAGCGACAUGGAGGAGCUCAAGGCUGCCGCGAUUGGUGCGACCAUGGUCGUGAUGUGCUCUACCUGCGGACACGGCGACUUCCCGCAGAACGCCGGACUCUUCUGGAGCAGCCUGUCGUCGACGACUCUGGCGCCCAAG